UCCAGACUGAGCUAAUUUUUAUAUUCGGGCUUGUUAUUGAAGCUAGAUACUUGAGCAUAAUGUUUUGAAAUACAAGUUCAGGAUAGUUUUGAUUCACUCCGUUUUAGGAGAGAGUGUCAAUAGCAUGUUCAAUAAGACUGUGUCAAUUGUAUCGUAUGGCGAUUGAAGCUUAUUUUUAUGUGAAACUCUAAUGCUUGAUGGUUUUGUUUGUUAUGAUCUAUUUUUGCAAAAGUAUGGGGGCGCAGGUCUGUUCAUCCACCUGACAAAAGUGGAACAGAAAGUAGCAUAAACCCUGUUUGGGUUUUGCCCAUCUUUUUCCUCCAUCUAAGCUUUCUUGACAAGCAACUGCAUCUGUUUUUUGUGUAUCACUAGUAAUAAGCAUGAGUUUUUUGUGUAUCACUAGUAAUAAGCAUGAGUUUUUUGUGUAUCACUAGUAAUCGAGCUUGAGUUCUUUCUCAAUUGUUAUUUUCAUCUUAAUAUAGAUGUCGGACUUGUACAUUAACACAUUGCAUGGCGAUGAGAGGAGAAAGAAAAGGAAGAGGGCAGCUGCUGGAUUUUUUGUGUCGGUUGUCGCGAUAGUUCAACACACGUAUUGUCAGAGGAAGAUUAGAGAGCUUGAUGAUUUCAGUGAGGAUGAGGCGGAGAUUAGGAUUAGAAAGCAGAUGCUUAGAUCAAUUUAUCAGGGUUCUAACAAGCACUGUUUUGAUAGUUUGCGCCUAACUAAACGGUCCUUUGUGGACCUGUGCGCUAUCUUGCGUGAAAGAUGUGGUUUGGGGGACACAUUUUAUGUGUCGGUUGAAGAAUCAGUCACAAUGUUUCUGCUAGUGCUAAGCCAUGGGAUGAAAUACCGGUUAAUUGAAAGCACGUACAGAUGGGCACUCGAGACCAUCAGUAGGCAUUUCAAUGAGAUCUUAAGAGCUGUCCUUUCCUUGUCUCAUGAGUUUAUAAAGCUACCAACCCCUUCAGCUGAGCAGCCCGAGGAUAGUAGAUGGAAAUGGUUUCCAGAUGGGCUAGGAGCUUUAGAUGGCACACAUGUUGAUGUCCGUGUUUCCGCUCUCAAGCAAGGCAGAUACAGAAAUAGAAAGCAAGAUGUGACCACUAAUGUGCUUGGUGUUUGUGACCGGAAUAUGAAGUUUUUGUAUGUCUUAGCUGGAUGGGAAGGUUCUGCAUCUGAUUCACGAGUGUUGCGAGAUGCAAUGUCACGACAAGACGCUUUUAGAGUUCCACAUGGAAGAUAUGGAUGUGGAGAAGAAAGGAGGUAGAAACUACCUUACCUGGACGGAUGAAAUGGAUGAAGCAAUGCUGAAUGUGUUCGUGGAGCAUUACAAUAGAGGGGAUCGUGCUCAAAAUGGGUGGAAGCCACAUGUUUACACUGCAGUUGUCAAGAAUGUUCGAGCCAAGUGCAAUGUGGAUAUCACAAAGGAGAAUGUCAUAUCAAGGUGCAAGACUAUUGAUAGACACUAUGUCAAUGUCAGCAAGAUGUUGUCAACGAGUGGUUUUGGGUGGGAUUGGAUCCAUAACAAGCUUAUGGUUGAUAGUGAGGACGUGUGGAGCAACUAUGUCAAGGCAAACAAAGAUGCCGCAUGCUACAGGCACAAGGUCAUAAAGUUUUGGGACUCUAUCAGCCUUGUCUUCUCGAAGGAUCAUGCCACCGGAACCGGAGCCAGAACUGCUGGUGAAAGUGCAACGGAAAUGGCUGUAGAGAAUGUCAACAACAUCAACACUGAUUCUGCCGCAACAUCUUCAACCCAAACCGGCGAGGAACAGAAGAGGAAGAGAUAUCGAUCGGAUGACUCAAUUGCAUCUAUGCUUGGAGAGAAACUGGAUAAUUUUACCAGUGCCUACAAAGCUGAUAUCGCUCAAGUUGCUCCUCCUGAGAAACCCUCCUCUCCUGAAGAAAUACUUGACGCUCUCAAUGCAAUUGUGGGACUGGAUGAUGAUGGCUUGCUAGCAGCUUAUGAUAUCCUCAUAGCAGAUGACCGCAAGUUCAAGGCUCUUAUGGCGCUGCCUGAAAGGAUGAAGAAGAAAUGGAUCCUCAAGCAAAUCAACCAAUGAAGGAAAUAUUGGGUGAAGUGUGAUGUUGAACGAACAGAACAAAGAAAUGAAGAUCCUUGAGCAAUGAAAAUCUUUCUUGGAUGGUGCUAAUAAUGCAAAGAUUCAGUUUUUAUGUAACCUUGACUAGAUUAUGAUCAUUUGAUGUUGUUGUGAACCUUUGUCGUAUUGCAAAGAUUAACUUUUUACAAAGUCUCAUGUUUAAGUUAUAUGUAUUGGCAUGGUUCAGUUUAAUGCAAAACAUUGCCAUGUGUGAACAAACGAGCUGUCAAUGUUGGUGUUGGUACAGAUUUGUUCAUACUAUUUAUU